AUGUCAACCAUCCCGCGCAAAAGAGUCGGUGACUGUACUCCAAGCAAUCCCGGAGGCAGCAAUCCCACCAAGAAGCCACGAGCAACCAAAGCGCAGAAGACCAAGAAAGCUCAGAAGCAGGAGGAGGCACCAGAGUGGCCCGAAUACUUCCAUCAUUCUUUGAACACUGUUCUUGCGUUCUGCUCGUCAAGGAAGAACCUCGCCAUUACAUUUCCCGUCGUCCGGACGUCCGUAGAGGCCCUGCUGCAUGGGCCACUGGAACUCGAAAAAGUGGCCGAGUUCAAAGCAUUGCUACCGGAGACUGUGAAAUUUGCGUACACCCCACGAGAUGAGCUGAAGAUACAUAGUACCCAGCAAGGGAGCAGUUCUCGUCGUGAACGCUCCCCCGACUUCUCUGCAUUCCAAAACAGUGCGAAAUCAUCGGCGUCACGAGUGAACGAUGUAGACCUAGACGAGCACGUUCUAGUGUUAGACUUCAUCGACAACUCCCGGGGGAAGAAACCUUCAUCGAACGCUGGAUUUGCGUACGCUCCACUCCCUGCAUUGACCCCUGCAGCCACUAAGAAGCUGGUUGAGAGGCGUAAUGGUCGCUUCGUCGAGGCUGUCAACGAAUUACUGAGAGCCACACCAGAAGGAGACGACCCGGUCGCUCUGCUUCAGGCCGCUGCGCGAGAUCAACUGCCCGUCCACCCAAACACUCGUCUCGUCCCAGGUGCCAGCCAACCCACUUCCACGGGCCAGUACAAAACGGUCCCUGCGCCUGAGGAAAGACCAUCGAUAGACCAGGUCGUCGAGGAGCUCCUGCAACAAGAAUGGUACAGGCAACAGAUCGCAUAUCAGCGCACUUUUGACGCCAAAGAAGGCCACAUAGCUUCACUCGACCCACCUUUGUCCGAUGAGAUUGCGCAGGCACUGCGAGAUUCUAGGAAGAUUACUUCGUUGUACACCCAUCAAGUUGCCGCAAUCCAAGCAUUAUCUCGAUCUCAGCACGUUAUAGUGUCAACGAGCACUGCAUCGGGGAAGAGUGUGAUAUACCAGGUCAGUCUUUUGUUCAAUGGACAGGUACCAUUGUUGUGCUUUUUGCAGGCGGAACCACAGUCCACAGCUAUUUUCAUCUAUCCAACGAAGGCGUUGGCACAGGACCAACGGACCGCUUUGGAGCAACUGCUCUACUCAUGUCCUGGGCUUCAACACAUCAAAGUAGCUACCUACGACGGUGAUACGCCUCAAGAACUGCGCCCUGUGAUCAGGGAGAGUGCUUCCGUCAUCUUUACUAAUUUUGAUAUGCUUCAUGCAUCCAUACUCCCUCAUGAAGACACGUGGCGAAGGUUUCUCAAGAACCUGAAAUUGGUGGCCGUCGAUGAACUGCAUUACUAUCAUGGCACGUUUGGGAGGUCAAAGUCUCUUGCAGAUCACCGCGUCCGAUUCGUCUCGUGCAGUGCGACUAUAUCCAAGCCUGGAGAACACAUGAGACAUCUGUCUGGCAUACAUCAAGUUGAAGAGGUCACCGAGGAUGGUGCACCGGCCGGCCGUAAGGACUUUUUGGUAUGGGAUCCACCGCUGAAGGAUCCAAUGGAUGAGAGCAUGGGGAAAGUCAGUUCCGUGGGCGAGGCCACGCAGCUGAUGAGAUUCCUCAUGGCAAGAGGAGUGCGGGUGAUUCUGUUCUGCAAGAUCAGGAAAAGUUGCGAGAUGGCCAUGAAAGCUCUUCGGCAAGAACUUUCCGCUGACGGCAGACUGGAUAUUUUGGAGCGGGUAAUGUCUUACCGUGGCGGGUAUUCACAAGAGGAUCGCCGGCGGAUAGAACGGGAAGCUUUCUCCGGGAACCUUCUUGGUAUAGUCGCAACCAAUGCUCUAGAACUUGGCGUCGACAUUGGGGUGCUGGAUGCUGUACUCAUGCUCGGUUUUCCCAUGGGCGGUCUUGCAAGCUUUCGGCAGCAAGCAGGGCGCGCAGGGCGUAGGGCACGGGACGCUCUUACGGUUUACAUCGCGGACACACUCCCUAUCGACCAACAUUACAUCAACAAUCCCGAACAGCUUUUCGACCGAGGAACAGAUGACCUCGUCGUCGACCUCGACAGCAAGAUCGUCAUUGAAGCGCACUUACAAUGCGCCGCUCACGAGAUGCCGCUCACGGACGAAGAUGAGCAAUAUUUUGGUCCCAACAUGAAAGAAAUCUGCGAAGCUAAAUUACACAAGGAUCGAGAAGGAUGGUAUCACACCCAUCACCGAUAUCUUCCUUACCCGUCAAAGCAUGUAUCUCUGCGAGGUAUUGAGGACGAGAAGUACAGCGUUGUGGACGUGACCCGAGUCGGCAGACCCGGAGGCAACGCUGUCAUGUUAGAGGAAGUCGAACUUUCGCGCGCGCUAUUCGAGAUUUAUGAGGGCGCAGUGUUCAUACAUCAAGGCUUAACCUUCAUUAUACAAGAAGUCAGCCAUGACUCCAAGAUCGCCAAGCUCGUGCGAUCGGAUGUCAACUGGACCACAGAGCCGCGAGAUUUCACCAAUAUCGAUGCGCUUCAGACGUACCGUAUCAGAGAAAUCAAGGACUCACCUCAUCGUGCGUUUUACGGACGUGAGCGACACGUUGAUUUUGUUGUCAUCUAUCUGCUGAGUGUUCUACCAUCAUCCCCAGGGGUUGACAACAGAGCGAUUAUCGAUUCUGUCGAUCUCGAUACCCCUCCGUGGCAGCGUGAGACCGUUGGCAUGUGGUUUGACGUCCCCAAAUCCGUCCUGGAUCUCAUGCGCGAUGCGGGCAUUAACCCGGCGGAAGCCAUCCACUCCGCUCAGCACGCAUACCUCAACCGAUACCCGCUGGCAGCGGAUCUUCGCACGGAGUGCAAGGUUCCUGAGAAAGAGUACAAGGCAACGGAAUCAGCGCGCAAGCGUCCUGCUAGACUGAUAUUCUACGAGCCAACGGGAAAGGGCGGAGGCGUGGCAGUCAAGGCAUUCGAUCACACAAAUGAUAUUCUACGCGAUGCCCACGAUCGGGUCGAAUCUUGCGAAUGCAAGGACGGAUGUGCUGCUUGCGUGGACAGCCCGUCGUGCAAGGAGGGCAACGCUGUAUCCUCGAAAGCGGGCGCACUCAUCGUCCUCAAGGCUCUGCUCAACCGCCCCAUUGAUGUCGAUCUCCUCGCGCACGCUGCAGAUUCGAAUGACGCGUACGAGACAGUUGUUGAGGCCAUACAGGUCCGCACAGCCGAAGGCGUCGCAGUUGAGCCCACAUGA